ACCUGAUGCAAGCAAAGGCCAUCGCUCACGAUUUUCCUGACAUCAGUGAUGCGAUUCUCUGUGGCUGAGACCGAGGCCAGUCAGUGGUUUCUUUGCUAAACCUGUUCAUUCAAGUCUAUCAGCUGGGGAUUUUGUCUCAACAUAAUUAUCAUUGGACUGUGCUGCUUUGAAACUAUUGAAGAUUAGCAAUGGAUGCUCCCGUCGAGACAAAGCCCAAUCCUUCAUUCAUUAAAGGAAUACUCAAAGGCCUCGGGGACCAGAAGAAUGACUCCGAUUUUUACGAUCUUGUCAUCCAAGUGGGAGAGGAAGAGAUAAAAAGUCACCGCGUUGUCCUUGUUGCCAGCUCAGGUUUUUUUCGAGGCAUGCUGGGAUCAAAGAUGAAAGAAGAUCUUGAGCAAAAAGUUCAGCUCGAAGGGAUACCCGAGCAGGCAUUUAAAAAAGUUUUGGAAGCCAUGUAUACUGGAUGCGACAUUUUGAACAAAGAAAACGUUUUAGAAAUCUGGCACAUAGCUAACCAGCUGGAGAUACUUUAUAUGUUGACAGAAUGUGAAGAGUUUGUGUUGUCGAUACUCUCUGCAGAGAACUGUGUUGUGUUCUAUCAGCACGCCCGACUGCUUGAGUCUAAGAAGGUUUCUGAAGCCUCGUGGAAAUACCUUCUUGAGCAUUUUGAUGAUGUGAGCUUACAGGAAAACAUACUGUUGUUGACAUUUGAAGAUAUGAAGAACCUGGUGCAGAGUGCUGACCUCGUUACUGAUUCCGAAGAUAACGUCAUUGAGAUCAUAGUCCGAUGGGUGACAUUUGAAAUUGAAUCUGGGAAAGAAGCCAGCGGGGCCGAAAUAAAGUCUAUGAGUCGCAGAGAAUGCCUACCAGACCUUCUCAAUCUGUCUCGCAUGUGCCUUGUUAGUGGCAAAUGUCUCAUGCACACGCUGUAUGGAAAUUCUGUCGCACAGGAAAGUAAAUGUGUCAAGCUUCUGAUAGACGAAAGUGUUGCUUAUCAGCUCAUGUUGGACCGCCGCCAUGACUUUUGUUCCCCUCAUGCCAUGCAUCGGAACAAGGGAACAUUCGCUAAUGUCAUAGUUAAGACACGUUCCAACAACUCGACACCCUUAGUCUGUCAUCGGGUGUACAAAUCGAAGCAAAGUAAUGUGGGGUAUUAUUCUUCUAAUAGGAAAGAUCGAUUAACCGGAUCGGAGAAAAUAUGUGUCUAUGGGAACAAUGUCCUUUUGGGUUUCAAGAGCCAAAAUCCAGAUACCCUUCAUUUUGCCGAAUGCAAAAUAGGUGCUGACAAUUCAGAAUGGGAUACCUUACCUGGAAUUGACAAAGCACAUGACUUAUUUUCAUUGACAGCUUUGGGGUCCUACGUGUUUGCAAUCACUAAAGGGACAAAGGUUUCUUUGUCGAGACUAAGUCCUACUAGCAGCAACAGAAAGUGGAAAACAGUGGAAAUAGCGGAAGAUCUCAAGGAGAUUGCGGCAUCAACAAGCGUGGAGAAUACAAUCAUAUUAUUUGAAAGAGGAUCAGAGGCCACCACGAUUAAAUGUGUGGACACUGCCAAGAUGAAGAUGUUUGAUCUCACCGAAGGGCAGUUUGAUGAAACAGCAAGCUUUGUUACGUUCAGGAAAGGUCGUGAAGCUUUUGCCAUCCAAAACAAUGGCAUCUUGUGGAGGAUUUCAACCACUGAAGAUCCCCCCUUUCUGAAUGUGCAGCAGGAGACUUUGCUGUGGGAUUUUAAGCGUACCAUCUAUGGAGUAGUUCUUUUCAAUGAUGAACUUUUAGUGUAUGGGCUUCCGUUUGGAAGUGCAAAAGGGCAGGAUGAGGUGUGGGAGAUAUCAGUGACUGGCAUAUUUAACAGAAUAAGGAAUGUCACUGUUGACGAAAGAGGUCUGUUUGCACUGACAAUAGUUCCCCAAAACAUGCUUGUUUGAAAUACACAUGUUUUCCCUAUUACGGAAUUUUCAGUCCAGUUUGAAUACAUUCUGCUGGUGGUGUUUGGUGUUCUCUGUUUUAUUCUUUUAUCCCCACCCCCUCCCACCUGUUAUGAUAUAUGUCAUUUUAUUAAUAGCAAGGUUUUUAUUCUUACCCAAAA